GAAAAUCUGAAAUAUUCAAUGGGCUCUUGUCUGCAUUACGGAUAGAUUUUUAUUGUCCUGCAGAUCGCACUCAGCCCUGGCAAGAGGACUGGACAUCAUGUUGUCUAGCAGCCAGGCAGGACAUCUGCAACACUGCGGAAUUGGAGCAUCCCAUCGCUCUCUUUUAGGCCCUCUUCAGUUACCAGGGCAUAAAUCUCAGCUGAAUCCAUGCGACGUUGCGAGGAUUAGGACAACCGACCUGCGAGGGUGCGAACGUGUUAUGGUUGCCAGCACCAGCGGUCGGGGACUUGAACAUGUAGCACAGAGAGAAAAUAGCAGUUUCAGCGCUGUUCGACCAUGGCAGUUUGACCUGCCAACCCUGGAGGAAAUGAGACACGAGGACUGGCCGGAUAAGGUCAGGGACUGGGAGCUGUUUUGGACUCGGCAUGCAGUCUGGCAGAACUACAUCCAGUACAGUACGCGGAAGAACGCAAAGCCCAGAUCGCAGCAUGAGGAGUGGUGGGGCCUGCAUGGCAUUGAGACUGUCUCUGAUGCAUUGAAGGCUGUGGCAGACAGAGUGCCGGACAUUUUGGCAAUGGGGGUGCCCAUUCCGGAGCACAUUCCCUUCGACACCUUCAACGUCUUCAGUGACCAACGCGAUAUGGACAUCUAUGGCAAGAAGAAGUUAAAUAACUUCAGCCUUGACAUGGACCUGCGCAAGCAGCGCAACCCUGAAGAGCCUGAAGCGGAUGAUCAGACUGCACCUGCACCCUGGGAGAGCUGGACCGAGUGGGACUUCAGGGCGUACAUGGAGAAGAGGCGACGGCACGAACAAAAGUAUGCAGAUUUUAUGCGCAGGCAGAAUGCUGUCGGGCAGUACGAAUACCUCAACAUAACCACUAUGAAUGAUCAUCGCUUCCUGACCAACUACCUCGAUCAGACUGGAGAGCUGCCGACCCGUGCAACGCAUGAAGAGUUUAUGGAUCUGAUCACCAACAAUGGCCGCUCAGUGCACCCGAGCGCUGUGAGCAUCCGGGAGCAGGAUCCAUUGGAGACGUCAGACUACUUCCAGGAGGGGGUGCACUACGUUCCAGAGACCGAGGACUUCCUCAGGGAGCUGGGCCACUUCAGGGACAGUGACACUGACCUCAUCUGGCGAAGGGAGGAGGCUGCAAGCCCCACGCUGAACGAAGCAUUUGCAGAUUUUGAGGAUGCCUUGCCGACAGAGCGUGAGGGGAGCCCCUUUGAGAGCGCAGAGCAGACCCUGAGCGGCAGCAGCCCAGGCUUUGAGGGGAAGGACAUCGAUGGCGACGAGGGCGCGGAUGACUCAUCAGAUGCCUUUGGACAAGGCGGCUGAACGACUGGGAGUCAUGCAGCAAGACUCUUCAGAUUUUUCUUACUUUGCAGAGGAGUCGCGGUGGCUUUCCCUGGUGUUUCACUGAAUAUUCUAGAGCCCUAGAGUUGAUGGUGAUCAUGCUACACAGUGUAUUAAGUGAUCCUCAGCUAUUGCAGCAAGAUUCCCUGAUCACAUGCAUAUGCCAUGCCAUCAGUGAUCAGUGAUGGUGAUCAUCAUUAUAUGAUAUAUAUAUAUAUAUAUUCUGUAUG